AUGACCGGGGCGCUUUAUAUAGCCCACGGGGCCCUAUAUAAGGCGGAAGUGCUCGGGGCCUGGGAGGGACCCCCGCCGUCGCCGUCGGAUCAGCCCCCCGGGACGUCCUGGGCCUGGCUCCCCUCCCCCCGGACCCCGCGCUUCGCCAGGAUCGCCGAGGGGCCGGCCGGGAUGCGGUACUCGGUCGCCGGCCGCUACCCGCGGCAGGCGCUGCAGGCCGGACGUAGCGUCCGCUUCCCCGACGCCGGUCCUCCUUCGUGGACCACAUCCGCAGGGGACCUGGAGCAGGUGGGCCGCUUCAUCCGGGCCCGCAAGGUCACGCUGGACACCAUCUACCCCUCGGGUCUGGCCGCCCUGCACGAAGCCGUGCUGUCCGGGAACCUGGAGUGCGUGAAACUGCUCGUCAGAUAUGGGGCCGACAUCCACCAGCGGGACGACGGGUGGACCGCCCUCCACAUGGCCUGCAGCGACGGCUACCCCGACAUCGCCAGGUACCUCAUCUCCCUGGGCGCCGACACGGACGCCACCAACGACGACGGCGACUCGCCCUCCGACCUCGUCGACCCCGAGUACAAGGACCUGGUGGAGCUCUUCAAGGGAGCCACGGUGGACUGA